AGGGAAAUGUCUUAUCCAUCCCUGAAAUUGACUUAUGAUGGGGGGGACUGGAGAGUCCCCAUCCUUGCUCAUUGCAAAUCAGGUGCCUCAGACACCUCAGAACUAGGAAAGAGGUGAUAGGCUACAACUGUAAAUUUCCACCUUUAAAUCUUCCAAGACUUCUUCAAAAUGCUUUAAUUUGUCCUCUUGUAGACUUUGAAGACACCUUAUAGUCACAACUACAAUAUCCUGCAGAAUUCUCUUCCCAGGGAAAGGAGAGGGGAGGUUAACAGCCCUAGAGCAGGGAGUCACAACCAUCAUUCUCAGGAAAGAUGAAAAGACAUUUCCCUUAUAAUUCAGAGCCCCAUUCACAAGAGAAGGGGUCACUCAUACAGAUAGGGACCCAAUCCCCAGAAGAUAGGGUUCCUCUCAAAGCAUCAGGUCAGGUCACCCUACAGUUCUGCACUGUGUUUUCAAGCAACUGUCAUUUCCACAAUUAUGGACUUCAUACCCAAGAGAAAGGGUAUAUUCUCCAUCUACUGCCCAGUGAUUCUUUCCCCAAUGUCUGUCAUUUGCAGCGUUUUACUUCCUCCUUGCUCCUCUUUUGCAGAACUCUCAAUUUGGUGUUCUACUGCCCAGCCUCAGGAUGAGGGUCUAUUACUAACUGGAACACCACUCUCAGAGCUAGAGUACGAUCAGUUCUUCAAACCUCUUCGUGCCCCUCACCGAGCCAGUGCUAUCUGCCUCAUUCGGGCCUUGUAUGGCUGCCAGAACCCCUUGAUCCAAAGACUGGACCAAUACGAAAACCAUGGAGUCAUCCCACAAGGGCCUGUAUGCUCAAACCUCCCAGAAAUUCUCUUCUUUGCAGACUUUUGUACAUUCACCUUUUAUCGCUGUACUAUGAAAAAGUAUUUUGUUAAGGGGCUAGGAAAGACUUUGAGAAAGAUGGAAGAACACCCUCUGAAAGGAAUAGGCCUGCUCACAUCUCCCAGAGCUAUUGUGGCAGGCUGUAUUCAUCUCUAUUCAGGGGAGGAGGUUUCUGGGUCAUCUGGGAACAUUCCAUUGAGAUGAAUAAACUGCUUCACACCACUGCAAUCCUGUGAUGCUGAGAAAUGCUAUGCAGAGCCCUGUUACCCCUACACCUGUCCCUGAAGUGAAGUCUGAAACCCAGGACCCCACUCCACUCCACCUUGCUGCCACCAACCAGUAAGUAGAUCAUGCAUUCAUCUCAGACCACGAGUUAUCAUUUCCUCAAAACCAAUCAAGCUCAGGGGAACUUGGAGGGACUAGGACAGGCCUGGGCAAAAUACAGCCAGUGUGCUGGAUCCAGCUCACUAAGCCACCAGAUCCAGCCCAUGAAUGCUGCAGGGAGUCCCAGGCAGGCUCCCUGCUUGCCUCACCCCACCCGCAGGCCACUCAGAAAAACAGCCACAGAGCAGUUUCACUUCAAAAACAGAGAGGAAGGGGGAAAAGCUUUAGGAGUUGCUCCCACCUCCAGCACAAUCCCAUUGACUGACUUCUGGCCAGAAAUUGGCCAAUAGGAGCUGCCUGUUUCAAUAACAGGCAGCCACUAAGCACAUGAAGUUAUUUACAGAGCACAUGGCUGUAGCCUGUGCUGGAGCAGAGCA